GUUAAGUGUCUUUUUUUCCAGACGAGUGGUCGCGGCCGAUCUUCGGGUUGACGUCCAACUACAAGGGGAUGACGAGAGAGGAGCGUCAGCAGAGAGAUCUGGACCAGCAGAUGCCUCAGAGACGACGACUGAGUCAGCCUCCGAAGGUGGAGAGGGCGGAGGAACCCGACGUCUUCUCUCCACCCAUCAGUUCUGGAGGUCAGACGCCUCGCAGAGACCUGGAGAAGCAGCUGACCGGAGAGGAAAAAGCUCUGCGACCCGGCGACCCCGGGUUCUGCGCCAGGGCUCGGGUGCCGAUGCCCUCCAACAAAGACUACGUGGUCCGACCCAAGUGGAAUGUAGAGGUGGAGUCCAACAGGGUGAGUGUGUUUGUCCUGUUCAGUGUUUGCGUCUUUAAUGUAGAGCUGGGUAUCACUGUUUCACUGCGUCACCAUAAACACAACGACUGGACGCGCCACAGUGCAGGUAGAGCCCGGUAGAGC